AUGCGGCGGACUAAGAGAAAGCGGGCGGCCUCGCCGGCCGAGGAUUCCCAAGAGCGGAAGGACACGGGGGAAGAUUCCGGCACAGGACAGAAGGCGAAAGGGCGGAGGAAGGCGGCCGCGUCGGCGGGGACCAAUGAGAAGCAGAAGGAGGAAUAUCGUUAUUGGUUGAUGAAAUCUGAGCCGGAGAGCCGGAUGGAGAAAGGAAUGGACAUGAAGUUCGGAAUAGAAGACUUGAAGGGCCAACCUGAGCAAAGAGCAUGCUGGGACGGAGUGCGGAAUUACCAGGCUCGGAACUUCCUGAGACAAAUGAAGGUCGGCCAGGAAGCGUUUUUCUAUCACAGUAACUGUAAGGAGCCCGGUAUGGCUGGGAUAGUGAAGAUUGUGAAGGAGGCGUACACCGACCACACUCAGUUUGACGCCAAGAAUCCUCAUUAUGAUGCUUCUAGCACCCAGGACAACCCAAGGUGGUCCAUGGUGGACGUGCAGUUUGUACGGAUGCUGAAACGCUACAUCCCUCUGGCAGAGCUGAAGCAGCUGCAUCAGAAGCACAAGGCGUCGGGUGGGCCGCUGCGAAACAUGGCGCUCUUUACCAGAGCGCGGCUCUCUGUACAGCCCCUCACACAAGAAGAGUUUGACUUUGUCCUGAGCCUGGAAGACGAGAAGCUCUAG